AUGCAGUCUCAGCCUGCUGCUGCUGCUGCUAUUGCUGCUGCUUCGGGGCAGCAGCACGGUCCGCCGAAUUCCUCAGUCUACAGCGACGACGGCCAGCAGAGCGGCGAUGACGACGACAAUGAUCACGGUAACGACCAAGUAAAAUGCGACCGUGGCCAACCAGCUUGCGGGUGGUGUAGUAAAAAUGCACAUGUUUGCGAGUACAAAGAACGAAAGAAGCCCGGCCUCAGAGCAGGCUAUGGCCGCGAGUUAGAGCAGCGUCUCGACCAUCUUGAAGGGGAGCUUCGAAGACACGCCGAGAUCCUUGCCACACAUGGACUCUACCUCAACGGGAGCCCGGGGAGUGUCAACAGCCCUGCUACCCUCAACAACAAUGCCAACACCGGGAAUAACCAUAGGCCAGCAGGCCACCUGAGCAAUCCAAGCCUCCAGAGCAAUGACCAUGGCACACCACGCGAUGCCGGGCCCCCUGCGGUUUUCGCUCACGCCGGCCCGGAUUCGGCUGAGAGGGCUCUCUUCAUGCACAAGCCCUCGACUUCGGCCGAUUUUGGUCUGGGCCCUCGCACUCCAGCCGUCGUCCAUGACAACUUCCAGCACGCGGCAACUACUCAGCCUCGUGUGCAGCCGGCCAUAACCCCUAGUGCUGCCGUCCAAGAGUACUAUGGUGCCCCAAGAGCCGUUCCCCACCAGAUUGCUGGCCCUUCGCUAUCAGCCGUCUUGCCGGCCACGCAAGGGCAAGGAGGCACUGAACAGGAGCUUCCGCCUUACGGUGUUUGUUACGCCCUCAUGGAUCUAUACUUUAAGCACAUCCACCCCUGGUGUCCGAUUUUGGACCGUGAGACGACCAAAGAUCUCUUUUUCGGAGAGAGAAUCCCGAAUGAGGAAGAAAAGAUUCUGUUGCAUGCCAUUGUUGCUACAGCCAUGAGAUUCGCAACUACGAAAAUGCUCCCCAAGGAGAGCCGGCAGCGUUUCUACACCGCCUCGAAACAGCGGGUCUUACUCUAUGGAAUGGAACAUUCGUCCGUCAUGUCGCUGCAAGCCCUGGUGAUUCUUGCGCUGGACCUUUGCGGUAGCAGCAAUGGGCCCCCAGGAUGGAACAUUAUGGCUCUCAUUACUCGAGGGGUGGUUCAACUUGGCUUGGCCGUGGAGACGAACUCCAUGACGGUUUCUCCAAGCUAUCCCUCAAUCUACACUCUUCGCGCCAUGGUCCUUCCAGAGCCCCGCGACUUCACCGAGGACGAGUCCCGCAGAAGGUUGUUCUGGAUGGUGUAUGUGCUCGAUCGAUACGCCACCAUCUCCACGGCGUUUGAUUUUGCGCUCGAUGACAAGGAAAUCGACCGGACCCUCCCAUGCCGCGACGAGCUCUGGAUCAAGAACCAAAAGGCUGACACUCGAUGGUUCCACGCCUCUGACGACGAUAGCCGACCCAACAGCAACAACUCGGCCGACUACCAGGUCAACAAGCCUGAGAAUCUCGGCGCCUUUAGCUACUACAUCGAAAUCCUGGGUAUUCUCUCCAAGAUCCACAAGUUCCUCAAGCAGCCCGUCGACAUCUCGUCUCUCGCCGACGUUGAAAAUUGGCAGCGCCGCUACCGAGAGCUUGACACCAUGCUCAAAGUGUGGAAAUUCGAACUGCCCGAUGACUACAAUCACAUGGCCAAGAUUUAUGAGCACCCCAGAGUUGCUCGUACUUUGAGCUGCGCCUGGAUCAUGCUCCAUGCCACCUACCACACCGCCAUCAUUCGUCUACACUCAUCAGCCGCGUAUCCCACCGUCCGUUCGCCCAUUUUCUCUCCUUCCUACAUGGCCUCCCAAACAUGCCGCGACGCAGUCAACAACAUUCUCGCCCUGGGCAAAUUCGUGGUCGAAUACAAUUUGCUGUCCACACUCGGCCCGCCCUUUGCGUUCACGCUGUGGGUUGCUGCCCGCGUUCUUCUGGUCCACGGCAGCACUGUUGAGCGCAGCCUCAACCCGGAAAUCAAAUUCUUCGUUGACACGCUGCGCGAAAUGGGUGAGUACUGGCCCGUAGCCACGCGUUACUCGAAUCUCUUGACCCGCGUAUUAGACGAAUACAGGGCCAGUGAGAGCGAGGGCGAUGAGGUGACGCCGAGUAGCGUGCGGAUCCUGGCGGACAUGCGACGAACUGCAUUCGAUUUGGACUUGUUGAUCAGUCGCCAGCCUAGGCAUGGCUCGAAACAACAUGGAGCUUCGGCCACUGCGGGUGGAAGCGGCAUUAUGAGCGCAGGCGUCGUGCCUGCCAUGAAUAACAACGCCAACGGGGACUUUGCCAUGGGAGCAGGAGGAGGAGUUAACGAUCUGGAAUAUCUCGACGUCUUUGACUUCUUCAACAUGCCUAGGUUCCCUCUGUCAGCUAUCGCGCCGGGGCAGAAUGUCGGCGGUACGGAAACGAAUCAGAAUCACGGCGUGGACCAGGUGCAUCAUAUGGCAGGCACAGACGGCAAACGACUAGUUGAUGAUGGUCAAGGCAGUACCAAGCAGCCUGGACAACCCAUGAAUGGAGAUGCUAUCCAUGGUCCGGCGCUGGGAGGGGAAUCGGGGCAGGGGGUGGGGGAGUUUAAUAUCAUGGAUUUCAUGGUGUAUCCAGAGCGCGAUUGGCUUGGGAAUUCUCGCGGUUCUUCCUGGGUCGAUGCCACGAGAUCCGGGACAUCUGGAGUUGGAGGAAGGCCUGAGCAGGGGACUGCUGCUAGUGGUCCUAGGACUAGGACUAGGACUGAGAAUCGGAGUGGGAGCACGGAAGGCGCUGGGGCUAUUGAUCGGGUUUAG